UUCAGAGAUUCGGAGAUCCAGAACAAAUGUUACAAGCCUUUGCGCACAUAUGUCUUCCGAAGUACGAUGGAAUGGGAGGCACCAAGACGACGGAGGAGGAUAACAACAGGCGAUGCCACAACUGUAAUUCCAGAGGUCAUCUUGCUAAGGAGUGCCGCAAGCCGAAGAGGGAGCCGGGAUCAUGCUAUGCGUGCGGAGAGAUGGGUCAUUUCAUAGCGGAAUGCAAGAAGAAGAAGAAGGGUGUUGGUGUACUCAACGUAAACACCGGGCUCAACAACAAUUAUAAUGCCUCAUAGACUCAGGAAGCCCUAUUUCAUUUCUGAAGAAAUCAUCAUUUCCAUUAAAU